GCAACCGUCUUCCUCCUCUGAAAAUCUUCAGAAGAAGAAAACAGAGGAAGUAGAAGAAGAAGAAGAAGCAAGAACAAUGAAAAGCGGAUCAGGGAACACGAACACAAAACUCAUCCUUCUUCAUCCAUACAUCCAAAAACAAACGAGCACAACUCGUUUAUGGCUUCUCGCUUUUGUCUCUUUCUUCACCAUCGUUUUCCUCCUCACUCUCCUCUACACUAGAGACACAAUCCCUUCCAAAAACACCUCCGUAGCCGCCGCCGUAGCCGCCGUCGUAACAUCCGCCGCAGGAACAACAUCUCCGACGACGACAUUAUCCAACUCCAAUAAUCUACCCACAACCGCCAUCAACGCAUUACUUCACUACGCGUCAAGAUCCAACGACAGUUUCCACAUGUCCUACGGCGAGAUGAAAUCGAUCUCCGACGUACUCCGCCGUUGCGCUCCGCCGUGUAAUCUCCUCGUCUUCGGUCUCACACACGAGACUCUCCUCUGGAAAUCGCUAAACCACAACGGACGCACGGUCUUCGUCGAAGAAAAUCGAUACUACGCUGCUUACUUCGAAGAGAUCCACCCGGAGAUCGACGUUUUCGAUGUUCAGUACACGACGAAAGCUCACGAGGCCGGAGAGCUCGUGGCGGCGGCGAAAGAAGCGGUGGGAAACGAGUGUCGUCCCGUGCAGAAUCUCCUCUUCUCCGAUUGCAAAUUAGGUCUAAACGAUUUGCCGAACCACGUGUACGAUGUGGAUUGGGAUGUGAUCUUUGUGGACGGGCCACGUGGAGACGCUCACGAAGGACCGGGAAGGAUGUCGUCGAUUUUCACGGCGGCGGUUCUUGCUCGGAGUAAAAAAGGCGGGAAUCCGAAGACUCAUGUGUUCGUGCACGAUUAUUACAGAGACGUUGAGAGGCUUUGUGGAGAUGAGUUCUUGUGCAGAGAGAAUCUUGUCGAGUCUAACGACUUGCUUGCGCACUACGUUUUGGAUAAAAUGGAUAAAAACAGCACGCGGUUUUGUAGUGAUCGUAAGAAACGUUCUGUUUCUAAUUCCUUGUCUUAGAAGUGACGAGAGACGUCAUGCAUUCCAAGUCCAACCAACAGCGGGUUUUGGAAAAGUUUGAUUUUUUUUUUUCCUUUUUUCAUGAAUCUCGGAUCUAUCAUCUAUGUAAAGAUUUAAUUCUAAAUUAAAUCGAUUUUCUAUUCCCUCAGUCACAUAGAUUUGAAGUGAAAUCCAAAGAGGGAUAUAUGAUAAAAAGAAAAGAAAGUUUGAUCAAUAAAAUGUAAUAUUAACCAAGAUAUUGUAGUCCGGAGUCCCGUGGUUCUUUUCUAGUGGAAGAUUCUAUUUGAGAUCAAGUCUCUUUAUUCAAAA